UGAAAGUCAAAACAACCGUUGGCUGCGGUAACGGUAGCUUUCGUAGCUUCUUGGAAAUCCGUUUGGAAAUUCGUUGAAAUCGUUGUGCGUCAGCUCGUAACGUUAACAGCAACGGUUGACUAUCAUCUGACGGUUCAGCCUAGCUUGAAGUCUAACAUAGCUUUACGUUACGGUUUACGAGCGGUUUAUAAACAGCAGGUGCACGGGAAUACCAUCGCACCUGCCGCUACAGGCUGAGUCACUGCUGGUGAGGAGGAAGGUCUGGAGAGGGAACGAGAGAGGAGGAGGAGGAGGUGGAGGAGGAGGGGGAGAAGAAGAAGAAGGGAGGGAGACAGGGAGAUAAGCCACAACAGGAAGCAAAACGACACACACACGUACACAGACACAGUGCGUGUUUGUGUGUGUGUCUGAGAGAGAGACUGCGCGAACGAGAGGGUGAACGGGAAAGGAAGGGAGGGAGAGUGACGCGGAGGCUGGGAGAGCCUACCCCCCCUCCUCUCCUCCUCUCCCUCUCUUUCUCUCCUCUCCUCCUCUCCUCCCCUCCUCCCUCUCUCUCUCUCUGUGGAGCAGGCGUGUAGCGGCAUCAGACUCGGCGUGAAGGAACCAUGAGCGAUGUCACCAUCGUUAGAGAGGGAUGGCUCCAGAAACGGGGUGAAUACAUAAAGAACUGGCGACCGCGUUACUUCCUGUUGAAGACAGACGGCUCUUUCAUCGGCUACAAAGAGAAACCUCAGGAUGCAGACCUGCCCUACCCCCUAAAUAACUUUUCUGUAGCAAAAUGUCAGCUGAUGAAGACGGAGAGGCCGAAGCCAAACACCUUCAUCAUACGCUGCCUCCAAUGGACCACAGUCAUCGAGAGAACCUUCCACGUGGACUCGCCUGAUGAGAGAGAUGAGUGGACAGAGGCCAUCCAGAUGGUGGCUGACAAGCUGCAGAGACAAGAGGAGGAGAGGAUCCAGUGCAGCCCUACUUCCAAUAUUGACAACAUGGUUGAAGAGGAGAUGGACAUCUCCACCACACACCACAAACGCAAGACAAUGAGUGACUUCGACUACCUGAAGCUGCUGGGAAAGGGAACCUUUGGCAAAGUGAUUCUUGUCCGAGAAAAGGCCAGCGGGAAAUAUUAUGCCAUGAAAAUCCUUAAAAAAGAAGUCAUCAUUGCCAAGGAUGAAGUGGCACACACACUCACAGAGAGCAGAGUACUGAAAAACACCAGACACCCCUUUCUCACUUCAUUGAAGUAUUCAUUCCAGACUAAAGACCGCCUCUGUUUCGUCAUGGAGUAUGUGAAUGGAGGAGAGCUGUUUUUCCAUUUGUCCAGAGAGCGGGUGUUCUCAGAAGAGCGCACGCGCUUCUAUGGCGCCGAGAUCGUCUCCGCUCUCGACUACCUGCAUUCAGCCAAGAUUGUGUACCGGGACCUCAAGUUGGAAAACCUGAUGCUGGAUAAAGAUGGCCAUAUUAAGAUCACUGAUUUUGGUCUCUGCAAGGAGGGCAUCACAGAUGCUGCUACCAUGAAGACCUUCUGUGGCACUCCAGAGUACCUUGCACCAGAGGUCUUGGAGGACAACGACUACGGUCGGGCGGUGGACUGGUGGGGUUUGGGUGUGGUGACGUACGAGAUGAUGUGUGGCCGACUGCCGUUCUACAACCAGGACCAUGAGAAGCUGUUUGAGCUCAUCCUCAUGGAGGACAUCAAGUUCCCGCGCACUCUGUCAGCCGACGCCAAGUCCCUGCUGUCCGGCCUGCUCAUCAAAGAUCCCAACAAACGGCUUGGUGGAGGACCAGAUGACGCUAAAGAAAUAAUGAGACACAGUUUCUUCUCUGGCGUUGACUGGCAGGACGUCUAUGAUAAAAAGCUGGUCCCUCCCUUCAAGCCUCAGGUGACGUCAGAGACGGACACCAGAUACUUUGACGAGGAGUUCACAGCCCAGACCAUUACAAUCACUCCACCAGAAAAAUUUGACGAGGACGGGAUGGACUGUCUAGACAACGAGAGAAGACCGCACUUCCCACAGUUCUCCUACUCAGCCAGCGGGCGGGAAUGAGUGGUCCAUCGUCAUGGUGACAUCAUCACAGCUGGUCUCUGAGGUCAUCAUUGUGGGACAAACAGACCCACAGCUUUGGACCGACCCAGAACAACAGUGACUUGAAGGAUUUUGCCCUUCUCCUCCUCUCCUCCUCCUCCUCCUCCUCCUCCUCUCUUUUUCACCUCUCCACUCCACUUCUCCACUUCAUAUUUAUUUAUUUUUGUGAAUCCCUUUUUACAAAGAACUCCCAGGCAAAAUUACCCUCGAAUCCUGCACUGAAUCCCUAGGUGAUCCGAGCUGUGAUGUGAUCAGUUACUAUGUAAUGUCCCUUUAAUGAAAGGAGCAUCACCGGUGGCCUGCUGUGCUUUGACACGUGUCGGUCCUGCCAAAUUCUAAAAACAAACACUUCUGAUCAAGUUAGAUAACAGCUGAUGCAUUUUUACGGAGACGUUUCUGUGGCUUCUUAUCUGUACGAGGGAGAUACAGCAUUUUAAGUCAUUCAAACCCAAACUGCCGUUACCGGUUGUAUCUCAGGCUUUUGCAAACAGAUACUCAGACUCAGCGAGACACUUGGCUCUGAUUUCAAACCCUCACAUAAUUCUGGGAUUGAUUGAGGCUGCCUGACAUUGAGGAAACAGUUGUCAUCAGUGAGCAGAAUCCUACACACCUCAUGUUGUCGAACAGGAUUUGACUCAGGUUUUGCUCAGUGCAAUUCAUUAUUAUUGUUGCUGCUAUUUCAACUACUACCACAACUACUACAGGUACUACUACUCCUACAACUACUAAACUACUAAAACCCGGUGCUACAGUACUAGCUUAAUGCUGCAGGUCAUUAUACAGGCGCCAGCAAAGCAUCAACCACCUGUAUUAACGUCUAUGCUUGUACAGCCGCAGAAAAGGUGUUGCUACUACUUCUAAUGUACAACUACUACACGUCAGCUCUGUGGAUUAAGAUGAUGAUAGGAUGUCCAGUUUGUGUGUUUGUGUGUGUGGGUGUGUGUGUGUGCGUAUGUGUGCGUGCGUGCGUGUGUGUGAGGUACUACUAUGGGUUUGCGUUUAAGAUCGCACCUCAAAGCACAGCAGUUCAGGAGGAUGAAGCUCCCAAACCAUGAGCUUUACUACAUUACCCACAAUGCAGUGCAAGGUGGUUGAUUUAUUCAACACCGCAGAGGUGAAAAAUGAGAGGAAAACAGUUGGUUUGAAUGUGCCCCCCCCCCACCCCCAAACAAAGCGUUUUUUUUAAUUUAUUUCUCAACUGCAAGUCCCUGAGUUUCAGUCUCCUCUGUCACAAAAGGGAAAACAAAACCGAAACGGUACUUGUGCGUCAAUGAUGGAAAAGCUUUACUGUGACAUAUUGUUAUCAUGGGAACCACACAGCUGUACCUCUCUGUGUUUGUGCAGGAAAGGGAAACUGACGCAGGAACAGAUUCACCACAGACUGAAAAGUUCAGGAUGUUAGGUUGGGCUCUGUGAUGAGAAGAGAGAGAGAGUGUACAGGUGAAAAGCUCCAUGAAUGAUACGAUAUGAAAUAUUUAUAAUGUGAUAAUUUAUGACAUAUUGAUGAGUGAGGUAACAGCUAAUCAUCUGUUUCCUGUGAGUUUCUUAUGAAGGAUUUAAAAAAAAAAAAGAAAAAAAAACGAUGUUAUGAUCUGUGAGGAGGUAUGCAUCAACAGUUAUGGGUUUACACCAAUCACAGCAAUGGCUAUAAUAUAUAUAUGUUCUAUUUAUUGUUCUACUCAUCGGUUUUAUAUUUAACUUUUUCUAUUGUUAUUACAUUAUUCUAGAAAAAAACUUAUUUCUUAGGGCUGAGAGGAAAAAAAGGCACCUCAAGAAACAAAAAUGGCUGAAGAAUGUAGGAGGGAAAGCAGAUAGCCUUCCUGCUCCAUUGUUUAUUUUAAUUAUAUUUUUGUGUUGUUUUGUGACCAAAAUGUGACAGGACGCAUUAAAGACAGAUGAUAGUUUACUGAGAGCUUUAAGAACAUAAACUAAUAAGAAAAGAAGAGAUUUUCCUUCUCCAACUUUAUCCAGAUCAUCCCACAGGUGUUUACUAUGAAGGCUCAUCUCACCUGAUUAGAUAUUGAUACAAAUGUCCCCCAUAUUUAAUCUUAACACUGGUGUGUGUUGGUGAAGGCUGAGCCAGAGUUCAGAGAGAGAGAGACGACGUGGAAGUUGAGCAGAAAGAAAAACAAGUGCAGCACAGAUGUCUGAAUGUAAAGCUGUAAGGAUGGGAAAAAAAAGUGUAAGUGCUUCUGUAAGUGUGUCGAGGCAAGACUAGAGGAGAGAGUCGGAAGUGAGGCAGAAGAGUGGUUGGGUAUGAAAUGUGAGCUUGUGAGGUCCGUCUGCGUUUCUGUCAGUUCGUUGGAUCCUAGAACAGACUCUCCUCUGUCUUUAACGUGUCCUGUCAUUUCUCAGGUCUGGACUUUGUUUGCGGUUGUUUUGUCGUCACGUCUUCCAGUCUGACCAACAAGAUUUAAAAAUCCGGGCUGGGUAAGCCUUACGGUUUAGCUCAGAAUAAGUCAAAAACAUUGACAUGCAGCACUUCAGAGUUUAAAAAAAAGACAAGAAAUCAGGAAAUAUAUUUUUAAAAAUUUGAAAUCUCAACAGCAUCAUGUGGAAGACGUCUCCGUCAAUAUCUGGAUGACAUGGAUUAAAAUGAGAGCACCAGUGGAUGUUCUCUUAUUAGGCAUAGAAAAUUGUAUUCCAAUAUAUUUAUUUGAAUGUUUUUAUUAUUAUCAUUGAUGGAUAACUUGAAUUUCUUUUCUAUUUAAUUUAUUUGAUGUCAUUUUGUUUUGGAGUUUAGCAGUAAGGGGGUGUAGUCGUGUUUCACUCUGCAGUUUAAGUCUUCAGAGACUUUGUUCUAAAAUAAAUGCCUCCUUCUUUUUUCUUUACAGAUAUCUCUUAUACGACACAUUACCUGUUUUCCCGCUGCUCUUAAGUCCAUAUGCUUUACUCUUGCACAUCCAUUAAAUUGCUAUUAGCUAGCAAAAGCGCUUUAUGGCACAAAGUAUAAAAGGAUGGCGCUGGCCUGCAUGCUGUAGUCCUCCUCUGUCUGCACUACUAGGCCUGAGUCAAAGUGGCACUCAGAACUCUUAUGAAAAAUACUUCUCUGUGAUCGAUUGAGCCUGUCUGGCACAGCCGAAGCAGCCGAAUAGUUCAAAAUCAGUACAAAUCCCACCCAGCUGGCACUCUCCACAGGCUCAAGCAAACACUCCCAAGUAUUUGGAAGGAUUUCAGCUUUGAUUUGACCCAGGUCUGCGAGCAACUGAGGAGUUCUAGCUGUAUGUGCACGCUUAACGCCAAAAUCAUUAGACACCAGAGUUCAUAAAAUACCGCUUUGUAGCUUUGGCCACAGCACUUUCACAUCCAUCACUUUUUAUAUGAUUCAGAGGAAUCUGAUUCUGCUCUGCUUUAAAGGAAGAUUUUAGCUUUUUUUUUUUUUUUUUUAAGUUUAUAAGAAAAUGAGGAUUUUUAAAGCACAUCUCCCCUCCUCAUACAACCGAUAGCUUUGAUGCUGCUCUGAUGUCUAGAGUUGGCAAGACCUGGAUGAUUGUGUCCCACAUGCCAGAGACGAGUCAGUGCUGUCCCUUCAGAGUGGGCUGUGAAUGAGGCUCAGUGGGAAUUUUCAGGAAGAUGGUCAUUGUGUAUACACACAAAGUUUGGAAAAAUCCACUGAGCAAUCAUUGCAACUCCAAUGAUGCCACUGACUCAUUCCUCUCUCGCAUUUUGAAAAGUUUUCCCUCCAGUGAGCCUCCAACUCUCCUUAUUCAUUCCUCUCCAGAUUUAAGUUCAUUUAGAGGGAGCAACAAUGGCAGAGGCUGAGAUCAUAAAGAAAAAUAAAUGUUUUCCUCCGACUCUAAGUGGAGAAGGUGGAGCUUAGUAAUCCUCUUCAUCGAUGUGGUUUUUCCCUUAAAGACUAUGAGCCAGUUGUGGGCACGUCAGUCAGUAAUUUUACUUUGUCUCAGUUGUUGUCACCAAACAGAGGUUCUUAAACUGGAUGCAGACAUUCGCUUUGGGCCUCCUCACAGCUUUACUGGUGCCCUCGACUGGUGUGACUCAACAUCGAUAUCUGACGCUGCAACGACAGUGUUCACUCUUAAAGCUGCUGCUGUUUGUACUGUACAUCUAUCACACGACAGAUCUGACUCCAAGAGUAUUUGAAUAAUAUGUAAAAUCCUUUCAAAGACCUCAGCUGCUCUGUAUUGAUCUCACCCGUUGUUAAUGAACCAACAGCAUCAGCCAAAAAUCACAAACUGCGAUCCGCCUGGUGUUUAAUGCAGAUAAUAAGUAAACGGCUCAAGUGUUUGGAAGGAUUUCUGAAAGUAUUUGACCUCAUGUCUGCGACAGAAUCCCUCCCCUCUCUUCUCUCUCUGGUACUAGUCUGCUAUCAUCAUGGUUAUUAACAUGAACAAGCAUGAGAUGCAUUUAUUUAUAAACAGCAAACAUACAAAUAUUACAAAGUGUAAAAGUUUUAAUUUCAUGUCCAUGUCCAUCUACUGUAGCUUUACAGUUGUGUGAGACAUCUGUGGACAGCUUCCAGCUGUUCGCAGAGCGGGCCAUGUUUCCCCGAAGCACUGUAAUACUGAAGUCAGCUCUGCUCUGCGACAAGUCAGUGGAGCAGAGAUGAUGUUGACUCUGAGACAGUGUUGGGAAACACAGCAGAUCCAGAAAGAUUCACAGAAAAGCAGAUCAAACAGCCUUUUUCUGUCCCUCAUGCUGUCAGGAUGCAGUGCUGCUGGCCAGUGAGGCCGCCAGGAUGUGAAAACAACAAAUUACCAUCAACAUGAAGCUGUUUUUUACACUGUACAUCCUUAGUAUUUUUACACAUAAAAUGUAUAUGAUAGGGAUGCACAUUAUUUUCCUUCUUACAGACAGCUUCAAUAAAGCACUAUGUCAAUCUGCA